GAAUAAAUAUUGAAAAGAAAAGAAUUAUUGUCAUCGCUGCUAUGUAUACUUACUAUAGAAUUUUAAAAAAGAAGGACAAAAAGCGUUAUAUAAGAACAUGGAUUAAGAAGUGGAAAAAAGAUCGGAAUCUGUACGGGCAUAUGCCCCUUGUUCACAAACUCAAAGAAAAUUAUCCUGACGACUACAAAAACUAUUUGAGAAUGGAUUCACACACAUUUGAUAAAUUAUUUACAAUGAUAACACCUAAAAUAAUUAAACAGGAUACAGUUAUGAGGCAUAGAAUUGGUGCUUCAACUCUUUGUGAUUUGAUUCCCGAAACUUGUCGAGCUAUAUAUGAGUCUUUGAAGGACGAGUACAUGAAGUUCCCGACUAGUAAAGAAGAAUGGAUUGAUAUUGCUAAAGGAUUUGAAAAUAAGUGGCAGUUUAUCAAUUGUGGAGGUGCUUUAGACGGCAAACAUAUAAGGAUUGUCCCGCCUCCUCACUCAGGAGCACAAUAUUAUAAUUAUAAUAAUUUUAUUCAAUUGUUUUGA